CUUUUACUUUAACAAAACUGAUUGAGAUCAUUUUGUAAUCAAACAAAUUCUGUUAUUCUGUAUAUUCUCUUGCUGUAGGCUUAUACUGUAAUUCUUUAGCUGAGUAAAUUAUUUCAGCUCAGGUCAGAGUGGUGUGUUACCUGCCUCUAUUCGCCACAUACAGUAUAUGGAAAAAUAAUAGGAACACAUGACAAAUUUAAUGCUAUCCCAUGGAAAACCCUUGCAACCAAAAAUCUUAUCUCUGUAUAGCUCAUUGAGGGGUUGGGACUGCGGUUUGUGAUGUUGUUGUACUGGUCUUUCUCUGUUCAAUCCCAACAGCACACAAUAUUUGCAAAUUUUCAAAAGUAGAAAAGACUGCACUAACAUGCUGUACUUUGAGAUUAGAUAAAAUUGAGCUUUAGUCAUACAGAAGGACAUUUUAAUGCCCAAGAUUCUUGGUAUUCAAAUGAAAAUAAAUAUAUGCAUUUAGCAUAAAUAUACUAUAUAGAAUAGAUGAGUAGAAUAAAAUUAAAGCCUAAAAAAAAUAUAAAAUAAAGGGAGAUGCAAAAUACAAAUGUAUGGUUCACCACAUGAAUGCCAUCCCUGGAAGUUACUGGUUACUAUCCAAUCAGUAUACAGUAAUAUAAGACUGAGAUAAAUUAAACAUACACAAAGGUAGCUGAACAUAAUACUCUCAUGUGAUUUAUAUGCUAAGUAUCUUACAAAAGGCUCUACCUGAAGACUCUAGUCUAAUCUUAAACUUGAAUAAUAUGUUGUGAGAGCACAUGUGAUGACUGUGACUCUGUAUGAGGUUCUUGGAGUGAGGCCAGAUGUUACGAGGACAAUACGUGCUGCUGGUUAUGAAACUAAAAGAUAUUCUGUGUAUGGUUCAACAUUCAAUGACAAGCACAGAAUAUAUCACGCUGCUCAAGGUCAACCAAAGACAAUUAGAUGAGUCAAUUUCUCAGAAAACCAUGUAAGAGAAAGGUUGUGUAAGCAGUUAACCCAGAGAAAGAGAUUGCAUCAUUCAUGGUAAAUAUAUUUAGGUUUGAAAAAGGAGAACUCACUAACCUGGAUUAUAGUAUAUCUUGUUUCUGUGAAAUGCUCCAUUUUUGGUUAAUGUUCACAUUAUGCUACGUUCUAACUACCUAUGCAUUUCACAGGCUAAUCUGGGUCUGUUGCCCAGAGAAAUCAUUGCGGUUUGCCUCAGAUAAACUGGAACAUGCAGAGCAAUUUAAGACCAUGUUUUUCAUGUGUCGAUUACUUUACAGAUGUUUCAUUCAUCAUUGUAGUGAACAAAACUGUUUCAAUUACUGAUUAGAAAAUAAAGGAUGAUGAAAGGUUAAGGGAUCAUCAAAGUUAUUUGAGGGCAACAUGAAUGUUUGCACCAAACUUUAUGGCAAUAGCUGUCUAGAUAUUUCACGCAAAACCACAAAUAUCAACCUCAUGGUGCUGCUAGAGGAUAAAUUAUGGAAUCACCAAAUUCAUUAGGGUUCAUCCCCUGGGCACCACAAAUGUCUCUUGCAAUGGCAAAGGCAAUUCAACCAAUAUUUGUCAGAGUAUUUCACUAAAAAGCCAAAAGUGCCAACCUGCUGGUGCCACGACAGGAAAGUCAAGGGUUCAAAUCAAUAAGAUUAAUGGUCUUAAAAUUGCCCCUGAUAAAAGCAAAGAAAAAGUUGGUAAACAAACUGUUUCCCUGAUUGGAAUGUGGAUGGUGCAGGAACAAAAGGCUAAGGGCCUGGGAUUUUGCAGAGAGGGGCCAUAAACUGCAGUUUGGUAACGCUGCACUUUUAAUGGUCAGAGAAGGCUUGCAAAAUUCCUUGAAAAGAUGACCAGUAAACUGAAGAGUGAGAAAGAAUGAGGGACUUUGAUCAACACUGAGGCCCCACUGAUCUCUUUAAAGACGCGUCUCUUCUUAGACAUUCUCAGAUUGGAGCUGCUUUAACAGACUCAGGAUCUUAUUUCAGACAUUAAACAAUCAGCAGAGAUGGCAAAUGUAGACAAACUCAUCAACCACAUAGGAGACUUUGGACCUUUCCAGAAAAAGAUUGUUACACUUGGGUCAUUUCCAUUAGUAAUUUUUGCUUUUGUAUUUGUCGGGGUUGUUUUCUUAGCGCACACUCCGGAUCACUGGUGUUGGAGCCCUGGGUCUGAGCACCUCCGGGAGGAAUGUGGCUGGACGGAGGCCGAGGUGCGUGAAGUCACUGUCCCCCACUCUGAACAGUCAGGAUCCUUCAGCCACUGUGAGAGGUUUGAUGUGGACUGGAGCAAAAACCAAAACAAAUGCAAUGAACUUAACUGGCUGUUGACUUCCAAUGCAACUGAGCUGGUGCCUUGUGAUGGCAGAUGGGUGUUUGAUGAAAGCCACAGCACUAUUGUUUCUGAGUUCUCACUGGUCUGUGAGAAAUCCUGGCUCGCUGAUCUGAAUCAAGUUUUCCUGGCAUGUGGAUUUUUUGUUGGGGCUUUCGUCACUGGCUACCUGGCUGACAGGUUUGGUAGAAAGCCAUGUUUGAUUGCAUCAAUGCUUGGCCUUGGUAUCUCAGGUGUAGGGGUGAUGCUGUCGCCAUGGUACCUGCUGCUGCUCAUCUUUAGAUUUUUACAAGGGUUUUUUGGAAAGGGAGCAUGGACAGCCACCUAUGUACUUGUGAUCGAGUUCUUUGGAUCAGACAACAGGAAAUUCGUUUCCAUGGCGAGUCGGACUUUCUACUCUACUGGCAUGUGCAUCCUGCCUGGCCUGGCUUACUUCCUGUCUUCCUGGAGGACUCUGCAGCUGGUCAUGAGCGUGCCCUGCUUUCUGUUCAUCUCAUACCACUGGCUUGUUCCUGAAUCUCCACGCUGGCUGUUUUCACAAAAAAGAACUACAGAGGCCAUGAGAGUUACUGCUGACAUUGCAAAAUGCAAUGGGAGAUCUUUACCACAUAAUAUUCAAGAGAUAAUUCUUUUGGAGGAAAAGAAAGAUGUAAAUCCUGUAUCGGUUAUGGAUUUGUUUAGGACACCAACUAUAAGAAAAAACACACUAAUUUUAAUUUACGCCUGGUUUACCAGCACUGUCGUGUUUCAAGGCCUGGUCCUGCGGCUUGGGAUCACAGGAGACAACCUCUUCUUAGAUUUUUUCAUUUCGGCUGUGGUGGAGCUUCCAACCGGCCUCAUCUUCUACCUGCUGGUCGACAGAGUCGGUCGACGCUCCCUCAUGGCCAUCUCCAACUUCACUGCUGGCAUUGCCUGUCUCAUAAUUCCCUUUGUCUCCAUGGAUUUUGCCUGGUUGAAAAAGUCGAUUGCAAUCAUCGGCAGGCUUGCUGUUGCCAUUGGAUUUGAGACUGUGAACUUUGCAAACACAGAGAUGUAUCCGACACCUCUGAGAAAUUUGGGUGUGUCAGUGUGUUCAUCGGCCAGUGACCUCGGAGCAAUUGCAGCCCCAUUCUUGCUCUACAGACUGGCCAGCAUCUGGCAGGAGCUGCCUCUUUUUCUUUACGGUGUGAUGUCAAUACUGUACAGUGGAUUGGUGACAAUGUUACCUGAAAUGAGUGGAGUCGCCCUGCCAGAGACCAUAGAGGAUGUAGAGAAUCUAAAUGGGAGGAAAGACAAGUCAAAGAAUGCAGAGGGAAACGACUUGAUUAUAUGAUUGAUGCCAUGAAGAGCUGCAACAUCACUGAAUUAUUUUCUAUAUUUGUGCGGUGUUUACAAUAUACAUGAUGUCUCACUGUAGUCUGCUCAUUAGAUGUACAGCCAGGGAACAGUCCUAUGAAAUGUACUGCAGUGGUUGUUAUUGCAGACUUGUGUUACAUUUGAUAUUCAGAGGACUUUAAAGGUGUUAACUAGAUUAUUGCACUGUGAGGGGAUGCAACACAGGAGGCCUUUGAAAAUUAAAUGAAGAGAGGAUCCAAAUCUAUGCAACCUCACACCUCAACAAUAUUAAUUUGUGCAAAUUAUGUUUUUUUAUAUUAAGAUUGAGGACCUUGCAUCCCCUUGCGGUAUGGAAUUUUGGGUGGUGAUACUUAAAAAUUACAUAAAAGUCUCAGAUGAUUGCGUUACAGAUGUUAUUGUAAAGGAGCAGAAAUAUUUUUUUUGUUGUUGUGCAUUUGUCUGUCACAGGAGGAUUUGUCAAAAACUUGAUAAGUGAUUUAAAUAAGACUGGUAGGAAUAUCAAAUAGCGCCACCAGGUGGCCAUUUAUAAAACACUUUACACACACUUACAAACAUUUACAGGCUCAUUUCUUGUCAACGAAUCCCAUGAAAAGACCAAAACCAACGAUUAGGUGAUCCUACUAACAAGUAUCUUCUGUGUGACCAAAGCUUGAUAUAGCUUAGCCCUGUGACAUAGAGCUCCACCAUUGUUCAAAAACUAUUAAAAACACAUUGUGACACUGGCACUGAGUGACAUGUUCUAUCAUUUUUGAUAAACAUGGGCAAUGUAGAUUAUUCUGAGUUAGUCUCACAUAAGAGUCAUCUUGAUGCUGUUAAUACUUGCUAGUGCAACUGAAAAUAGUCCCCAACAAAUGCUCUAUUUAUUCCUGUUCGAGUAAUGUUUACUAAACACUACAGUGUAAGUUUUACGUGGGAUCAAAUGGAAUUGGGGCUGAGUGCCACAGAAAGAAUAGGGGGAGUCCAAAACUAUUGAAAGAGAAACUGAAGGCUGGGUUGUGAGACAAGACCUUCUGAAGCAGCAUACUCAUCACUUAACAUGUUGUUGGUUUUGGUCUUCUCAUGGGUUUUGUUAGAUAAUAAUAUUGAAUAUUCUCAACUGUAAGGAACAAAAGCAAAAUAACUUUUUUCUUGAGUUUUUGAUUACUGUUUUAAAAUCCCUAACCUGUAUUUUUAUAAAAGAGUUCUUUCUUAAACAUAAAUGCAAAUAAACAGAAUUAUACUGAUG